GGGGGCGGAAGGGGCGGAGAGGGAGACGAAUAUCGCCUGCACGCAUGCGCACUGCGUUCCGCGAUCUCUCAGGCCGGCGGCCGGAGAGGCUGGCCUCAGUCGGCCGCGACAUUCGGUCCGCGAUACGAUUCGGAGUAAUCUCUGUCUACUGGACCCGACCACGAUCAGUGUGGUGCCGGUUAGUGGCGAACGCAUGCGCAACUUUCGAUCGUCCGAUCGAACGAACUAUCGCUUAAAUUUCCCGCGAUCGAUCAGGAACGCGUACGCGAGUCGAUACGUCGUCGGUGAAUUCGGACUGCGACUGAAUCGCAAGAUCGCGAUCGGUGUUUCGAAAGAGUACCCCGCUGGCAAACGCGCUCGGAUCCGCUUCGCUUUUCGUCGCGAGAGCAGAUUCCGUGCACGAUGGACGUGAAAGCGGACGCGGAGAUCGACGGUGCGAAGAGUCGCGAGACGUGAACGGAAUCGUUGCACGAGUGGAAGGAUUACCGUUGUCGGCCGAUUUUUUCCGGAAUCGAGUGAACUGGAACGUAGCCAAAAGCAUAUCUGUCCGUGGCCGCGCGAAGUUACACGAUCCGCGUCGAUACUCUAGCUGGCUGCGGUAGCGAUCACCACGUGGAUCAACGGUGAACACCGUCACCGUUACGCUCGUUUCCCGAAGAAGACUAACAACCGCCUUCUGGCGAUCGAUCUUGCCAACCGGAGAGCUCCGUUCGUUCUUAAACCGAUCAUUAAUGUCUCGAUCGCGGUCGUCGGUGUGCAGAGCUGCGCGUCGAUCGCGAUGCAUCCUUGAACGGACGGGAUUCUGAGGGAAAAGAACGAUCGAGGUCGAGUGGCUGGCUAGGAUAAUGUAAGGUGUAUGAGAAGCGAGGUUUCUCGAACACGAAAUGACGCUCGACAGGAGGUUGCUGUUGUCGUUGAUCCUUCUGAUGGCUUACGGCCUGUUCGUGGUCGAAGCUAGACAUCGUCCGCGCGAGGACCUCGCGAGCGAAGCCAGGCACAGACACAGGCACAGGCACGAGUCCUCGAACGGCAGGAGAAAUCGACAUGACCUGGUCGACGGACGAGCCUCUUGGUCGCAGGAGCUCGAAUACGAGGAUGACUCGCUGGGAGAGGACGAGGAGGAUGAUUACGAGGCUGGCCCCUAUUACGAGAGAUCCUAUCCUAGGACGUCGAGGAUAAUCGGACCGCACGGCCGGAUGCUCGAAUCGCGUUUCACGGCCAAGUAUCGGCGAGGCGGUGGUUAUCGCGGAACGGCCGGCUGGCACGACGAGGACGAGGAGAGGCGUAGAGCUUCUCCUCGACACCCGAGCAGAGGUUACAGACCAAGGUCCGAUAGGACCCACCGCAGACUCGGCUAUUCGAGAAGUCGCGAAGACGAGUACGAGGAGUACGAGGACGAGUUCGAUUACGAGAAAGGUUCUCGCGGUUACGAGAACAACGGUCAUCGAGCUUGGUGGAAAAACGGAAGGAAAUACAGGAUCUCGUCCAGGCACGACUGGCGUCCCGACGCUCGAAAGAGACACCGCGCCGAUCUCGACGGAUCCAGGAGGUUCGACAACAAUUGGAGACGAUCCAAUUCCACCGACUACAGGUAUUUCGUCAGAACGGACCGGAGGAAAGUGGACAGUCCCGAAGAUUACGAUUACCGCGUGGACGGUUACGAAGACACGGACAAGGAGGACGAAGAGGACGAGACCUGGAGGGAGGAAGACGAGGAUCAGAACGAGGACGACGAAGAGUUCGACAACGAUUUCUACAAGAGCGACAAGAAUCCUCCUCUGAAAACUUACGACGACAUCAUCAGACGGUUGACGUCCAACGAUCCGACCACGGUCAGAACCACCGUGAGGAGAGACUACAGGAACAUCGAGCCGGAGAAACACGCGAAACGAGACGCCUCUGAAAAUUUCAAGUACGAACCGAAGAACCUCAGCAGAUCGCAGCUUCACGAUCGCGAGCUUAAAUUCGCGAGUUCCUCGUACGUCGGCUCCGAUCGUCGCUCGAUAAAGAAGGUUGUCGAAAAUCCGUCGAGUAAAUUGCUGAACUCGCUAGCCGAUCAUAAAUUAACGAAGAACGUUAGCAACGUCGUCGAUCGGCAAGAGAAGAAAAUCGUUUCGAAAAUGGACGACGGUCAGGCGAGGACCAAGAGUCUCGAGCAGGAUUACGACGAGUAUGUGAAUGCGCCGGAUAACGAGAAAGAGGAGGAUCUCAUCAAAGUUGGAGCGGAAGAGGACUCGGCUAUGCAGGCGGACGUCACUAAUACGGAUUACGCGGAAGACGAAGACGAAGACGAAACUCCGGCUACGACCACUUCGUCGACGACGACCACCACGACCACUACGACCACGACAACUACUACAACCACGCCCAAACCCGUAGUAGCUCAGAAUUACGACUACAGAGAAUCGAAAGGUUACGAGGGCGGAACCGGGGCUCAGUACAACGGGUAUCAAUCGAAAAACGACUAUCCACCGAUGUCGGCUCACAGCGCACACAAGUGGCAGACUCUGGGCACUCGAGAGAGCGUCAAAGAAACCAGAAGCAACAUGCAGCAGUACAACAAGAACGGGAAGACGGCUGAAAUCAGGGAGGCUCUUCAACACGCGAUCAAGGUGUCGCGAGAGGGUAGCUGUCAAUGGCCAAGACCGAGGGUGAUUCCAGUCCGCGACGUUUAUCCGAGUCCGUCGACCACCUACAUUCCACACUGCGCCAUUUUGCACAGGUGCUCCGACGACACCGGAUGCUGCAGAUCGGAAGCGCUCACCUGCGUGCCGAAACACUCGCACCGCGUCGAACUCUCCUUUUACACGACGAACGUAGGCGGCAGCAGCGUGGUGGAAAAGCUGUCCUUCUACAACCACACGGAAUGCGAGUGCAGAGAGAAGACCGAAUACGACACGACGUACGAGAAACCCUCGGAGCAGAGAGUGUACAGACAUUAUACGUCCUCUCCGCAACCUCAGAACAUGAGAAGAGCGCAUCCGAGAAAACCGUGCCGAUGUCCGUCGGAAUUCACGCCCAGGAUCACGUCCGACGGCGAGUGCCAGUGCAAUUGCUACGAGACUCAUCAAAAUUGCAUCAAGAUCAGGAGGGGAAAAGGAUUCUUUUCGCUAGCAGAUAGAUUAUGCAUACAGCACGACGAAUGCGCGUUGCCCAGCUGCGAGUUUGGCGAGUAUAUGCGACAACAGGGUAAAUGUCCUCGGAAAAAGGAUAAAUUCGACAAAAUCGCCAAUUACCAUAGGACUUCGAACCACUGGUACAGGAGUUAGGACGCGAAGAAGACGACGGUAUGACAAGUGCCAAAAGAGGAGCAACAAAGAGAACGAAGAACGAGGUCCAGAGUGGAGAAUAAUCGACGGUGCCAUUUUCUUUCCGAGUGCCUUUUAUCACAGACUCGAUUGCACGUAUACGUAACUCUCGACGAAGUUACGUAUAAAUAUGUCCCUGCGAUCUUAACGCUAUAUUCUAAUGCCCCUCCUGUUUUUUAUACUAUCGUUAUCGACGAGGAUCGUUCGACGAGAAACCGGUGAUAAAUCACGAGUAGCGAUAGGAAUGCUUUAGUUAUUAAAGUUUAGUGAAAUAUUUUCUUGUCGAAUGCCUCGAAUUUCUUUACGCGAAGGAUGGAACGCGUAAAUUGUAUCAUUACGAAUGUACGUGGUUCGAAAUUCAUGCUGUGCAGUAUUUAAAUCGUACUUUGCUCGAUUUUCAAGCCAUCUUAAACUUCAGAAUACUCUCCGAACUACGAGACAUUCGUUUCACCCCAUUUUCCUUUGGAAUCGACGAUACGAAGUCGCGCGGGUGGUUUCAAUUAACGCGAUUCAUCCUGUAUGUUCUCGUAGAAUGAUCGAAAACAUCAUCGAGCAUUCUCGGGCGAAGAUCGACGUUGCACGCUAGAUAGUUUAAUCGCGUUCGAAACUCGUCGUGCGUAAGAACGAAACGAGCGAGAAAAUUCGCGAGCGUUUAUAAUUUUUCCCCGAUGAAUAUCUGGGAGUCGUAGAUCUGAGCGAUGGCAGUUUUACGCGGCAAGAGACGUCUCGAUUACUCGUAACGUAACGAAGAAGAGCGAAACAAAGAUCGGACCAUGAGCCUAGUCUAAGAUCCUGCCUGUGUAUUCUGCGCGAGACGAAGACGCGAUCGACAUCGAGUGUCCUAUACCAAAGCGAGAGAAUUGCAAAGACGAGAAACGGUCGCGCAGAAUUAAUAAUGUAGAUCCCUUAAUUGUACUCGUAUUUUUUUACGUUUGCGUUCAAGUCCAUGGAGAAGGUUUCUAUUGGAGAGAAUGAACAAACCCUUAAUCGAACGACGGAGUAAGACAAUCGUCUUAAUCGCCACACGCUCAAACGUGUAAUCGGAGGACCAUCUAAGUACCGACCCGUUUAAGAUCCAUUCUUACUUGGCACCAAGUGGAUGGGUCAUAAAUGGAUCGUGAACAUAAUCGAGAGCGUAUUGUGCAGACCGUGAUUGUACAGAUCUGUCCAUCUAUCGAUUUCGUAGUGUUACAAAUUUCUACUAAUAUUAGCGAGAUUUAAAUGUAUUUUGUUCUCAAUGGACCAACCGCAGGAUCAUCGCCCACCUGUACAGACUACUAACGAACCUCCGAAGAAAUAAUUCAAGUAUACGAGAAAAAGAAACAGAAAGAAACGACUGGCAGAACGCGAAGUUCGAGCCGCGGCUAUUUCGCACCCCUUAAACGUGUUUUGUACGCUUUUAUAUACUUUAUCGUAGUAUACACGUACGUAGUAGUCGAUUUGAUCGCGAAACCGAUAGCUGAUUCAGCAUUUAUAAGCCGAUGAACACGUGUACGAUUCGCGUAUAGAUCGAUUUGCACUUUCGCUCUUCUGAAAUUUUGGUUACGAUAUAUUUCGAGCUUCGAGCAUGGUAGAAGCGCAAUUUUCAAAGUGUCAAUUGCUUUUUACACGACUUCUCGUGCUGCUAAAGAUCCGAUUUUUCAAGUUCGAUCUAUACUCGAAAGUACGCGGUAAAUCGAGGACGUUCGACCUACUUUUGGUGCCGAAUACUUUACUGUUAAUAUUAUACAGGACGCCACUCGACAUUCAGCUUGCUGUUGUACUCGCUACCGAUUCUAAGCAAUAGGUAUAUAUAUAUAUACAUACAUAUAUAUAUAUAUAGACAUAGACAGCAAAUCAAACAGUAAUGUUGUAUAAAGAAAUUCAUUAUUAUCGUUUCAAUAAAAUCGCAACUUACGUUUAAGUA